AUGAGCGACGCCCGGCACCCAAUAGGGCUAAUUGUUGGAAAUUUCUACAGACUUGAGAAACAUAUAGGUGCCGGAAGUUUUGGAGAUAUCUACCAGGGCGAAGAUACUCGAACUGGCGAUAAAGUCGCCGUCAAAUUAGAAGCUGCAGACUCGAGAUCACCACAACUAGAACUAGAGUACAAAAUAUAUUCGAUAUUUUCAGAAGGCAUUAAUGAACCUAAAGUUUUUUAUUACGGUAAAGAAGAGAAAUAUAACGUACUUGCUAUGGAACUUCUUGGACUAAGUCUGGAAGAUCUAUUUCAGAAAGGGCCUAAGCGAUCUAGUGUUAAAACUGUGCUAAUGAUUGCUGAUCAAACUUUAUCAGCUUUACAAUAUGUGCAUUCAAAAGGCAUAUUACACCGUGAUGUUAAACCAGACAAUUUCAUUAUGGGUGUAGAUAAGCAUUCUAAUCAAGUUUACGUAAUUGACUUCGGAUUAUCUAAACAAUACAUUAAUCCAAAGACGAGAAAGCAUAUUCCUUUCAGCGACCAUAAAUCACUGACAGGCACAGCUCGCUACGCAUCUAUAAAUACAAUGAAAGGCUUCGAGCAGUCAAGGCGCGAUGAUCUCGAAUCUCUCGGCUAUGUAUGGCUCUAUUUACUAAGAGGAUCAUUGCCAUGGCAAGGGCUUCCUGCUAAAACAUCCAAGCAGAAAUACCAAGUAAUUUUGGACGUAAAAAUGCAAACAUCUCCUGAAGAGCUAUGCUAUGGUUUUCCAAAUGAAUUCGUAGAGUACUUCCAGAAAAUACGCGAAUUGGAGUUCGAAGCUGAACCAGAUUACGCUUCUUACAGAAAAUUAUUCCGCGACUGUUUUAACAACCUCGGAUAUACUUACGACUACGUCUAUGAUUGGACAAAGGAAACAGCGCCUCCAAUCAAAGUUCCUAUUCGUCCUCCCAUCGAAAUUCCUCGACAAGCGUAUACACAGCCCGCAACACCAAAACACUCGCCUAGACAGCCUGAGCAACUUCCUCCUCCGAUUAUUACACCGAUAGUUGAAGAUAGCCCACUUCCUACGCUGAAUUUCAGAAAUGAAGCUCAUAAUGAAACAGCGCUUAGAGAUUCUACGAAAACAACUAAUGCACUUCGCUGGAAAACAGAUAGAUUAUACCAACCAACGCCUGUUAAUGCUCCAAUUCAUAUCAAAAUUACAAAAUUCCCUGUUUUUCAGUCAAGAACAAGAUUACCAUCGCCAAAGAAGAAUAGUUCGCCAGCAAGAAAAAGAGUUAGUUAUAGACUUAUGGAGCCAAAGUUUGAAACUGUUAUUAAUUGA